GGCCUUCCAAAGUGCUGGGAUUACAGGCGUGAGCCAGUGCGCCCGGCCAAAUAAGAUUAAAACGUUAAAUUCAGGACUACUCCUCCAAGUCUUCUGCUCCCUUUGGGCGCCCAGGUGAGCGGGGGAGGGGCUGGAGGAAUAAUAACAUCAAAAGAGCGCCUUUUGCUCCCUUAUUCCGAGGAGACUUCCCUGGGUCUGACUCCCAGUCCCGUGCCCAGCGCCCCGGCGGCCUCUCGAGCCCCUUCAGAGACCAAAAUGCAGAGAUCAGGACGCCUUUGCGCCGCCCCAGGUGCCCGCCCCUAGCUGGCUCCGCCUGGGGCCCGAGGGAAGGUGAGGUCAGGGGCCGGGCCGGGGCGUGGCAGGCGGGGUGUGUGUCCGCCGGGGUUGGUGCCUCCGGUGGCCGGGCAGCACCGUCCCACCCCUGCCACCCUCCGAUGGGGCCGCUACCUGUGUGCCUGCCAAUCAUGCUGCUCCUGCUGCUGCCGUCGCUGCUGCUGCUGCUGCCUGGACCUGGCCCCGGGUCCGGCGAGGCCUCCAGGACAUUACAUGUGCAGCGGCGUGGGAUCCUGGAACUGGCAGGAACUGUGGGUUGUGUUGGUUCCCGAACCCCCAUCGCCUAUAUGAAAUAUGGUUGCUUUUGUGGCUUGGGAGGCCAUGGCCAGCCUCGCGAUGCCAUUGACUGGUGCUGCCAUCGCCACGACUGUUGUUACACUCGAGCUGAAGAGGCUGGCUGCAGCCCCAAGACAGAGCGCUACUCCUGGCAGUGCGUCAAUCAGAGCGUCUUGUGCGGACCAGCAGAGAACAAAUGCCAAGAACUCUUGUGCAAGUGUGACCAGGAGAUUGCUAACUGCUUAGCUCAAACUGAGUACAACUUAAAGUACCUCUUCUACCCCCAGUUCCUAUGUGAGCGGGACUCGCCCAAGUGUGACUGACUACCUUGACUUGAAAUGCUCUUUCGCACAAGGAAAUAAAGCAUCCUCUCAGUAAUGAA